AGUUGGGCCCCGACGUGCGGAUCGCCAUCCUUGGAAGGACAGUACUGUUAUUCAGACAAGACCAAGUUUUGACGCUAGGAAAUGCACAAUUUUGAGGACGAGUUGACGUGUCCCAUUUGUUACAGCAUUUUUGAAGACCCUCGGGUACUGCCAUGCUCUCACACAUUCUGCAGGAAUUGUCUGGAAAACGUUCUUCAGGCAUCUGGUCACUUUUACAUAUGGAGACCUUUACGCAUUCCACUCAAGUGUCCUAAUUGCAGAAGCAUUAUUGAAAUCGCUCCUACUGGUAUCGAAUCUUUACCUGUUAACUUUGCACUCAUGGCCAUUAUUGAAAAGUACCAGCAAGAAGACCAUCCAGAUAUUGCCACCUGCCCGGAACAUUAUAGGCAACCGUUAAAUGUUUAUUGUCUGCUAGAUAAAAAGUUAGUUUGUGGCCAUUGCCUUACCAUAGGUCAGCAUCAUGGUCACCCCAUUGAUGACCUUCAAAGUGCCUAUCUGAAAGAAAAAGACACACCUCAAAAACUGCUUAAACAAUUAACAGACACACACUGGAAAGAAGUUUCUCAUGUUAUUGAGAAGUUGGAAGAACAAAAAUCUCUUUCUGAGAAAAUGGUCCAAGGUGAUAAGGAAAUUGUCCUGCAGUAUUUUAAUGAACUCAGUAACACAAUAGAACAGAAAAAAAACGCCUUCCUGACCGCUCUCUGUGAUGUUGGCCAUCUGAUUAGUCAGGAAUAUUCUCCCCAAAUUGAAAGAAUGAAAGAACUGAGAGCGCAGCAGCAGGAGCUGAUGGCGCUGGCGGCGGCGCUGCCCGAGGAGCCUCCCCUCAGGUUCCUGGAGAAGGUGGACGAGGUGCGCCAGCGCGUGCAGACUCUGAGGCAGAGCGCGCUGCCCGAGGCGCGGCCCGUGGAGAUCUGUCCUCGGGUAAGCCACGUGCUGAAGGAAGAGUGGAGCAGAACAGAAAUUGGGCAAAUUAAGAAAGCUGUAAUUCCUAAAAUGAAGAUUUCUGCAAAAAGGAUACCACCGUGUUCUUGGCCUGAAAAGGAUGACAGAGAAGUUGAACUUUUAAAACUUGUAAAUACUGCUAUUGUUACGCUAAUUGCAGUGAUAAUGAUGGUAAUGCUAUUUUUCAACCAACACAUAAUCACCUUUUUAAAUGAGAUCACUUCAGUGUGUUUUUCUGACAUUGCUCUGUCAGUUUACCAAAGUUUAUCUAAAAAUUUUCAUGAUGUAGAGACUAUGCUAUCUCAUGCUUUAUACUUGUUGAAGGAAUUUAUCUGGAACUUAGUUUCUCAUUGAGUCGUUUGGAUGGGCUUGCUCUGUGAGAGCAGAGCCUAAGCGUUGUUAACUAGAAACGGGUAGAACGAAGAGCAUACUACACUCGGUGCAGCACAUAUAAACAUACCUGUUAAAUCCUUUGCAUUUCUUUCAAGUUGAAAUGAUGUAUCAAUGUUAGAAACGACACAGAACCUGGAAUAUUCAAGUCAGUGUUAGGAAACCGUGCGGGAGUGUUGUGGUCAUGUGGGUUAAGCCUGCAGCAGGCAUCGCGUGUGGCUGCAGCCCGGCUCCCUGUGAAAGCAGCGGGGGCUCCCCCGCGCCUGUGGCUUCCUGCGGGAGACGGUCCAGCUCAGCUGCCACUGCGCCAUGUGGGAAGUGAACCAGCACAAGGUCUGGCUCUCUUGUCUGUAACUGCCCGUCACAGAAAUAAAAACAUGUGAAAACGAACGUGUACUAGUGACUUGAUUAUAAUGCCAAUACAUUUCCAUAUGUUUUCUGACUCGACAGAGGUAGACUUAAGGCUGUUGUGACUGAAGCGUUUUUUUACACCUACUGUCUUUUGUUAUUUAAAUGUAACAUAAUGGUUGACUUUGCAGUUCUUCCAGCAUUUAGAUUAAGAUGGCAACAUAGCCACAGUGUGUAGGCCUCUGUUGUGAUGUGCUGGGAGCUGUUCUCCCAGGGAGCAGCCAGGUCCCCAGAGCAGGUGAGCUCACACGUGAGCAGGGUCGGGUAGCUGUAGGCUGAAGCGCUUCGCAUUUUUGAUUGGGAGAAUAAGGAUGGUGAUUAGGUUUAAACUCAAAGGAACAAAAAGUGGUAAGGGGGUUUGGGAUCAGAGAUACCUGGGCUCACACUUCAGAUGUGUUCAGUAGAUUUAGGAGUCUUACUGUAUUCGCUCACAUUAAUUCGAGAUUCAUUGCUUUUGAAUAAUUUGUUAGGGAACA